AUGAAUGAUGAUCCUGAUAAUGAAGAAGUUCCUAGUGAUACUGAAGAUGAAGUUGAUGCGGAUUUAAGUGAAGAUGAAAAUGAAGAAAGUCCAAAAAAGAGGCUGAAGAUUACAGAUUUUGGAAACGAUUUACAACAAAAGCAUAAUUUAUACAAAGAUCAUAGGAACAGUGUGAUUAAAAAAUGGCAUGAAAAAACUAGAAUGCCAGUUUUAAAAAAUAUGACCAACAAUCACUCCAUUAUCCAACAUAUUGAACAUUCCUUAGGCGAUAAAGACAAAUUAAUCAAAAGAACAAGAUUAAAAAGAAGUGAUUACAAAAUCAUUGGUGAGGACAGUGCUAGUGAUAAUGAAGAGGAAAGUACACAAGAAAAACCAAGUGAAGAAUACAAUAGUGAAAUAUUUGAUGAUGAUGACUUUUAUCAUCAACUUCUUAGGGAGCUGAUUGAAUUUAAAUCGUCAUCUUUAACAGAUCCUGUGCAGUUAGGUAGACAAUGGGUACAACUACAAAAUUUGAGAAGUAAGAUGAAAAGAAAAAUAGACACAAAGGCAACGAAAGGUAGAAAAAUUAGAUAUGCUGCGCAUACCAAGUUGGUUAAUUUUAUGGCCCCUAUUGAUGACAAUUUAUGA